AUGAAAUGGGUGGAAGGUGCAAAACAAGGCAUUGCCGUGGCUGGUGGUCAAGGAUAUGGAAAUGGUCUUACACAAUUGUCUUGUCCUCAAGGAGUCGUUGUCAAUCAAUUGGGCACUGCCUAUGUGGCUGAUCGAUGGAAUGAUCGAAUCAUGCGUUGGCCCAAAGGAGUCACACAAGGAAGUGUCAUUGUUGGUGGAAACGGUGAAGGAGGACAAUCCAACCAACUCAAUUGGCCCUUCGGUUUGUCACUCGAUCGACACGGUAAUCUCUAUGUCGCCGAUUAUGGAAAUCAUCGAGUACAAAAAUUCAAUAUCGAAUUCAAAAGCGCCAAAGAGAUAUGCAGAGUUGAUCUCGGUGUAGGUACAUUGAGGUUAAAAGAAACACCUACCCCCUAAUCGCUUUAAUUUUCGUUCUGUUUUGGAAAACAUUACGAAGCACUAAUAGUUGCCUAUUUCAGUGGAUUGUAACGAGUUCCUGGUUGCCAAUGAUCGUAAUAUAUAUGAACCUAGUAGUUUCCUAUUGACAAAUUUGA